AUGAAUUUACACCGUGAAAUUCUUGUCUUCACUUUGAUAUUGACCAUCUUUGCUUUGAUACAGUUUGCACAAUCCAAUUUGUGUCACUGCAGUCACUGCGAUGAUGAUACUAAACUUCUGGAUACCAAAGAAAAUAAUUUAGCUGAGAAUGGUGAUGAUAAUGAUAAUAACGAUAGAAAUGAAACCGACGGUAUGGACGAUGAAGAUGAAACGACCAUGGACUAUCAAUUACUACUAAAAGAAGAUUUCGAUGGCGAUGGAAUUCUCACUAUUUGCGCUCGAGAUCGUGACCAUGAGGAUCGAUCUUUCCCAAGUAUUUGCCAUAUGUUGUGUCACAAUGCUUGCACUGAAUUUAACAGUAAAGAAAAUAAAGAAAAUAAUGGAACGUACGACGUGAUGGCGUACAGAACAAAUUAUUAUAAACUACACGAUGGUCCUUGUCGUAGAUAUUACACGUGA